AUGUCCAACACCCGGUCCGAGUCGAGCCCAGAUGGCGUUUUACCAUCUUCAUCAUCAUCCUCGUCUACAGCAGUUCAGACAACUGGCUUUAGUAGGAAAAUCAAUUUCUGCCAAUGGUGUGGUGGCUCGACAAAGCAUGAGAUACCCGAUGGGGAGGAAAAGGCAAGAGCCAUUUGCACACUGUGUGGGAAAAUCACUUAUGAGAAUCCAAAAAUGGUUGUUGGUUGCCUCAUUGAACAUGAAAACAAGAUACUGCUAUGUAAACGCAAUAUUCAACCGUCAUUUGGCCUUUGGACUCUUCCAGCCGGAUACAUGGAGAUUGGAGAAUCUGCUGCAGAAGGAGCAAUUAGGGAAACUUGGGAGGAAGCAAAUGCAGAAGUUGAAGUUCAGUCACUGUUUGCUCAUUUGGAUAUCCCUCUCAUCGGCCAAACGUACAUUAUUUUCCUGGCAAAGUUGAAGAGACCACACUUUGCACCAGGUCCAGAAUCAUCCGAAUGCCGGUUUUUUGCGCUUGAGGAUAUUCCUUUUGAUUCUUUGGCGUUUUCAUCGAUGUUGGUCACGUUGAAAUUGUACUUUGAAGAUAUUAAGGUUGGACGUCCCAAGUUUCACUAUGGCAUCAUAAACAAAAGGCCCGGUACAAGCCCUUCGGAGAUUAAUGCCUACACGUUCGAUCAUCAUAUGAAAUGCUGA